GAUAUUAUCCGUAGGAAGAACACCACCGAAUGGAAAUGGAAAUGGAAAUGGAAGCUCCUCUUCCUCCUCACGUUCUGAUCUUUCCCCUUCCCCUUCAAGGCCACAUCAACUCCAUGCUGAAGCUGGCCGAGGUUCUCUCCCUCGCCGGCAUCCGCGUCACUUUCCUCAACACCCACCACUCCCACCGCCACCUCACCCACAACUCCGAUGUCCACGCCCACUUCUCCCGCUUCCCCGGAUUCCGCUUCGCCACCAUCACCGACGGCCUUCCGCCGGCCCACCUCCGCACCUUCCACCACUUCUUCCACCUCGUCACCUCCUUCGACGCCGUCACCAAGCCCCUCUUCCGCCACAUGCUCGUCUCCGGCCAUUUCGGCUCCGACCUCACCUGUGUUAUCCUCGAUGGGUUCUUUAAGUUUCUUGUCGACGCAGACGACGAUGGUGUUCGAAUUCCCAUUUUGGGGUUCCGUACGGUCAGUGCUUGUUCCAUCUGGGCUUAUCUUUCUGUUCCUGAUCUUAUCCAGGAUGGCCAACUUCCUAUUAGAGGGGAGGAAGACAUGGAUAGAAUGAUAAGAAAUGUGGCGGGAAUGAAAAAUGUUCUAAGAUGCAGAGACCUUCCUGGCUUCUGCCGUGUGACAGACCCAAAUGACCCUCUUCUCCAAUUCCUUGUGAAACUCACCUUACGGAGCUCCGGAUUCCACUCCCUCAUAUUGAACUCAUUCGAAGAUUUGGAAGCUCCGAUUCUCUCCAAGAUACGAACUUUAUGCCCCAAGAUGUACACUAUCGGACCACUCCAUGCUCUCCUCAAAGCCAAAUCCGCGAACCAAUCUCAACAUCAGUCCUCCUUGAACAAUCUGUGGGAGGUUGAUCGGAGCUGCCUGGCGUGGCUGGACGCCCAGCCGCCGAACUCCGUUAUCUACGUCAGCUUUGGAAGCAUCACGGUCAUGGGGGAUCAGGAACUCAUGGAGUUCUGGCACGGCUUGGUCAAUAGCGGCACAAAUUUCCUGUGGGUCAUACGGCCCGACCUUGUAACCAGCAAAAAUGGUAAGUGCGACGAAAUUCCGGCGGAGUUGGAGGAGGGCACGAGAAAAAGAGGGUACAUGGUGGGGUGGGCCCCGCAAGAGGAAGUGCUUUCCCACGGAGCGGUUGGCGGGUUCUUGACUCACAGUGGCUGGAACUCGACUUUGGAGGGCAUCGCGGCCGGGAAGCCCAUGAUUUGCUGGCCAUACGCUGCGGAUCAGCAGGUGAACAGUAGAUUUGUGAGCCAUGUGUGGAAGGUGGGUCUGGAUAUGAAGGAUGUGUGCGACAGAGAAACUGUGGCCAAAAUGGUGAAUGAUCUGAUGGUGAAUAGGAGAGAGGAGUUCAUGAGAUCAGCGGCUAAAUUUGCUAAUUUGGCAAAGCAAAGUGUGAGCCCAGGUGGGUCAUCCUAUGCCGAUUUUGACCGUUUGGUAGAAGAUAUUAGAUUGCUUAGUCAACAGAAAAAAAUAGAGACCUAAUAAUUCAGGGUUAAAGAAUGAUUAUCAUACACAUGAAGUGUCGAUGUCGAUGAAAAUAUAGACGUCUUGAUUUUAUAAAAAUAUCUACAUCGAUAGAUAUA